AUGACCUCGCGGCCCCCAUUGGCCGUUCAGCAACGGCAGCCCCAACGGUCCAUAUCCGGCUCGGGGCUGUCCCAAAGACCAGCGCACCAGCGGUCUCUCUCACAACAGUACCUACCGCCAUCCCCUAUACGAAAGUCGGACAGCUUCGGUGAUGUGUCGGCCGAUGUUGGUGCCUAUGGUGCGCGAAGAGGUGGCUCAAAACUCAAGUUGGAGCUGUCCAACGAUGGCAUCACGCACGCAGGCUUCUCCGAGUCUCCCCAAAACCUCGACCCCCUUUCAGCCAACAAGGCCUUCACGCCGUCGCGUAUGAUGCCCCUUGGCGAUGCGUCCCCUCUCGGUGAUUUCAGCGCGCCUCAGUCGCAAUGCCAGACCGCCGAUAACGAUUCGAUUCCUCUUCCCAUGCCCCCGAGGCGGGCGCGCUUUGUCGCGCCCGCCUCCAACCCGGGAAAACCACAGGCGCCGCCCCCUGCGCCGGUCAAGAAAGACGCGAAGCCAAAGCCUUUUGUUCUCGAGAUUCCUCCCGACGCCCCUCGAUACUCUAAUAUGGGCAAGGGCGAACCAUCAGAUUUAGGUUAUGCCGAUUUCAAUCCGUGGACGGGCAACGGUCCAGAAGAUCGCUUCUCGGAUCAGGGAAUUCGUCUAGGUAACAACUACGACAAACCCCCAGCCCAACCCCAAUCGGAGCAGGCAUCGGCAAAAGCUACUAUUUUUCCUGCGCUUAAGCAUAAAAGCGGACUGCAUACAUUGUCCACCUUGUUUACUGGUAUCAUGAACCAGCGGAGACACAGCGGACAAAUUACUUCGGCUUCCACCUUUAAGCCUCCACCACGCGUCACCCUCACAGAUACGAAGAGGGAGUUGUGGCUGAAAGAUCUGGCGAACCCUGCCAUUUCUCUCCGACGACUCAGCAGGACUAUUCCGCACGGCAUCCGAGGGAGAGUCCUACUCGACCAGUGUUUGAGCAAGAAAGUUCCGACAGAUCGCGCCGUAUGGUUAGCCAAGUGUGUUGGCGCAAAUGAAAUCCGAGCAUUCAAGAGAAAAGGUGUCAAUGGCCAAUUUGUCAUGGGCGGCGAGACAAAAUGGAUCAGAGAUUGGACGGUUCAUAUUGAGCAGUUUGUGGAAAGCGUUUGUAGCGCUUUUGGUGAAGAUGACUGGAAGAUCAAGGUUACAUAUGCGAUUCGUCUAGCUACUCACCUGUACUACGAAUAUCUCAUGGAGCGAGACCAUUAUAUGGACUGGCUAGUUUCUAGCCUAGAGAAUAGCAAUCAGGCAAGAUUGCCCAUGUGGCUUCUGACUAUUCGAAUCUACUGGCAGGAUUUACUACGUUCAAGGAAAAUCGGACGACGAUUUGUCACCGCGGUUCUGAGUCACUACGCUGCCAUCUACAACCAUCCAGACCGCGACAUCCUUCUACCCUUGACAACGCAACUGCAAUCGCUCCUCGAGCUUUUAUUAUUGGCAAGCCCCGACAGCUUCAUCCAUCCUUCAACAUGGAACAGGUACAGAGGUGCGGUUUUGCCACUACUACAAACGGGUCACGAACCUCAGAAGAGUGCCGCUGAAUCAAUCGAUCGUCGUGUCGAACGUCUGACGAGCACAAAUAUAAAGUCUAGACCUGCCGUCCGCAGCACUGCCGUCAAAUUACUAGACAUCACUUUACGAAAGCCUUACAGCCCAGACUUGGCUUCUCAUCUGUGGAAACUCAGCGAAGACAAGAAUGGUUUGAUAAGGAUAUUGCUAGAAUGGUGCAUGUCAUUGUACCGGCCCGGCAUUGCCAAGCUAUUCGUUACUACAAACAUCUUGAGAUCGUGGUCGACACUAGAUGUAGACAUGACGGGAGCCAUUCUCGACUUCAUGGACCAAGAUCCUCUUGAAGAGUCCAGCCGGAGACAUAUGGUGUACCAUCUUGUGUCAGAGUUGGUUCGGUCUGACCAUUUUUCUGUUCCGCGAUACCUUCAAUGGCUCAUUGCUAGGGGAGGACUGAUAGACCCUGCCGAGACGUUACCCGAAGCUCCAUGCUUGACUCGACUACUAGUCGAGCUACCAACACACAGCCUCAAGGACACCAUUCGGAACCUCCGCGCCACUAUACUUCGCAAAGGAGGGUUUUCUGCCUCGUUUGAGGCGGAUGAUAUUGCCAGCGCCAUUGUGUGUAUCCGCCAGUCGUUUGGGCUUCCUCCCGAGAGAAAUGAUCUCAUGCAGGCAAAGAAACCUAUAAGCAUGAAGAAGAUUGCCAAACGCCUCACUCUGAGCAGUCGCGCACUUCAAUCAGAAGUUGGCAAUUGGCUUUGCAAUGGCCUCGUGGCUGGUUUUGCGCAGAACACCCAAACUGGCAAGGAAAGUGUCGGACUAUCCAGCUUUCAGUUCGACUCUAUCCGUAUGCUUUUGGAGGCAACUCAAGACUUUGCAAUGCUCGAAGGAUCGCUGAGGUUGUUACUACCCUCUUGCUGCAAUGCGGAUCUGCUUGCCUCCUUUGCAGAUACUAUUAACCUUCAUUGCCAAGUAUUCUCUGCGAUCGGAUCAGCCAAAUCAUUAUUCGACUCCUUGUUGGAGCGUCUAAAGGCAAUCAAUGAGAUGCAAGGCAUCGGUGCUCGGCCGCUGCUAGCUGCAUUGGCUCGCCUGGCGCCACGACUUCCCGGCCUGACAGACAUUGCAGCUCACCUACAGCAUGAUCUCUUGAGGAUGGACAGGAGCAAUGCAGUCGAUGCGUCUUCUCCGCUCUCCGACAACAUGGCCAUGCAGCUGCAAGAUGAUGAGACUGAAUUGAACGAGCAGAUUGAAAAGCUUGCUAGUUUCACCAAUGCCGAUAAAUCAACCAUGGAACGACUGUUUCGCACAAUCAUUAAUCGUCUUCAAAACUGUUGGAACCAGGCAAACGAGAAAAGGCAGCGGCCAUAUUGUACUCUGCUCACCAGACUUCGAGUGUUCGAUACCCAGCAUUUUGACAAUUUGAUGAGGGAUUGGGUCCAACAUAUUCGCAAGCUUAGCCACCGUCCAAGCAUGCCUCAAAUCUUUCCACUGCUUCUGAGUUUCGGGUGCCUCUCUGUACCAACCCUGUUUGCCACCGCCAAUCGAAACGGCAUGCAAACCGGAAACGCUGUGGGAUUUGCUUCCAUCUAUGUGCAAGAGGUCCUUCAGCUUUUGGUCAUGAAGCUGAUACCGAACCACACCAUGACUGCAGAGGACUGUUACAGACUGCGAAUCAUUCAGGAGCAAACAAAGGCCGACCGCGUUAAAGAAAUGAUGCUCUUGAUCAGAUGUGCAUUGGCAGAAUAUUCGGCAUCGAGAGGCCUGCAACCCCCAAUUCCCCAGCCAUUGGACGACGAAAACACUCGAAAUCAGUUCCUCGAGCUGUUGCGCAGUCUCGUGCUUGUUGAUCCACAAGCUGCAAGCCAGACUCUGUCUCCAAAAAGCCCGGACCCCAAGUUGUGCUCACUAAUUGAGAACAUGACGACAAAUUUGCUAGUGCCCGAGGGUGGUGGUCAAAAGACUUUCGAGCAGGUGCUCGAACUAGCUAAUGAGUUCACGCUACCGUUUUGCCAGGUGAAGCUAUCAAUGAAUAUGGCAACUGAGGACUCGAGCGGCGACGGUGGAGACCGACUUCAGUCGCAGCUUGCUCUCUUGUCGAAGGCGCUUGACAAUGCCAUUGAUGCCAACAACAUCAUGUGGACGGGAAUGCUUUCUUCGAUGAGCCCGGAAAUCACUCAACACAUGAGAACCCGAGCAGAGGCCCGGUUUAUUGACCUCAUGCCGUCUUCAAAGGGUGCAGGAGCCGAAGAUAUGGAUAGCAAGGCGGUUGGCAUGUCAGAAAACUUACUCGCUGUCAUUGACAUGAUCGUUCGCGGCACACCGGGCCCUAAAGCAGCGCCCAUCUCCAGCACCGUGGCGGACAAGAUUGCCGAUCAAUGGGAGAUCAUUUCAUCAAGUAGCGCAGACUUGGCUCCAUUGAGAGUCACAACCAUCAAGCACUGGCUGCCGCUCCUUCUUUCGUAUCUCAAUCUUGUCGUACCGGGGGCAACCGACGCGUCAAAGCCGGCAAACGAGACACGUGCCCGGGUACUACUCGUGCUUGCCGGUCUCGUGCAAGAGCUGGAACGUAUCCGCGAGCUCGAACUGUCUCAGCGCACAUAUGAUAUCGCAUUACUGCUAGCAGACAAUCUUGCCGACGACGCACGAGUGCAGUGCGUGCGUGCAGUAAAGGAUGCGACUUCAGACCGUCGCAUUCACUACCUCUUCAGCUACUGGCCCAAUCCAUCCGAUAGUCUCAUGUUGGCGCACAAGGAGAAACCUCCGCCCGGCAUGGGUAUCAACGAGCGGCGCGCCAUGGCUCUAGGGAUUGGAAUGGGCAUGCUACCAGAGCGGCUGACACCGUUCAUCAUGCGAAGAUGGGAAAUCCUUAGUGAGCCUACACCGAACGUGGGCGAGAACGACACCAGUCUCAGUUUGCAUCUCUUUGAUGCAAGGAAGAUAUAA